CUAUUGUUAUCUCUUAGAAGAUCUUUCAAAUCGAAAUUUGCACUCAAAAUCAGACACCGCGAAAGAAAAAAAAAGGACCCAAAAGCCAAAAAAAGAAAAGAUGAAAAAAUAAAAUAAAAAAAUUUAAUUUCAAUUAUGAAUAAACCAUAAGAGUUCAGUAACCCCCAAACAUGACUUCUGUAUGUGCCUCUCCUACUUGUGGCAAAGAUACUGAAUCGAACUUGAAAUGUCCAGUCUGUUUAAAGGAUAACAUCGCCAGUGUGUUCUGUGAUCAAACCUGUUUUAGAUCCAGUUGGUCUCAUCAUAAAUCAAUUCAUAAAGGUGAUGAUGGAUCUGAAGAUUAUAAUCCAUUCCCUAGUUUCAGUUAUACCGGAGAUUUAAGACCUCAUUAUCCUUUAUCAGGGAGAAGAACUAUUCCAAAACAUAUCAAAUUACCUGAUUAUGCUAAAACUGGUAGACCCAUAAGUGAAAUUAAAUCGGAUAGAAUUGGUAAAAUCCCUGUUAAUACUCCCAAGAAUAUUGAAAAAAUUAAAAAAGUAGCAGUAUUAUCGAGAGAAAUCCUUGAUGCUGCUGCAGCUGCUGUCAAACCAGGAGUAACCACUGAUGAAAUCGAUGCUAUUGUUCAUAAAGAAUGUAUUAAAAGAAAUUGUUAUCCUUCUCCAUUAAAUUAUUAUAAUUUUCCAAAAUCAGUAUGUACAUCCAUAAAUGAAAUUAUAUGUCAUGGUAUUCCUGAUAAAAGAAAAUUACAAGAUGGUGAUAUUGUUAAUAUUGAUGUUAGUAUUUAUUAUUUAGGUUUCCAUUCUGAUUUAAAUGAAACUUAUUAUGUCGGGGAUAAAUCAAAAGCUAAUCCUGAUAUUGUUAGAUUAGUUGAAACCACAAGAGAAUCGUUAGAUUUAGCUAUUCAAGCUGUUAAACCUGGUUUACCAUUUAGAGAUUUAGGUAAUAUAAUAGAAGAACAUGCUACUAAGAAUAAUUGUUCUGUGGUUAAAACUUAUUGUGGUCAUGGUACUGGUGAAUUAUUUCAUUGUCAACCUAAUGUUCCUCAUUAUGCUAAAAAUAAAGCAGUUGGUAUUGCUAAACCCGGUAUGGUAUUCACCAUUGAACCAAUGUUGAAUUUAGGGACUUAUAAAGAUGUAAGUUGGCCAGAUAAUUGGACUUCUUCAACUCAAGAUGGACAAUUCUCAGCUCAAUUCGAACAUAUGUUAUUAGUUACUGAAGAUGGAGUUGAAGUUUUAACGGCUAGAACUGAAACUUCUCCAGGUGGUCCAGUAAAUAGAAUUUAAUCAUCUCUUAUAAAUCAUCCAUAAACACUUUUUUUGCAUCCAUAUAUAUAUAAAU